UCCGAAAGCAGUUUGUCCUUAAAGAUAGAAAAAUUACGUCACAUCCUGCCUACCACUUGUUUAAAUAUGGUGGACAGUGGAUAGUGAAAACCAAAAUGAGUCAGGUAUCUAGUCGUGCAUCAACACCUGGGGGUUAUCCUAAAGUUCCUCCUAUCAUCACCAAUGAAUGUGAUCGUGUUUUCCUGUCUGACUUAAAUGAAUACAUUGAAGAUGAAAUAAAGAAAGUGAGCAGUGAGGAGGCCGAGCAGAGAUACAUAAUAUACAGGAAUGCAUUCAACAAGAUCAUUGAGUAUGUAACAGCAUAUAAGCCAUUACUAACUUCCAUCAAGAAGGAAUAUGAGUACACUAUUGAUUCAAUCAGAAAGGGACAACGAGAGACUGAAUAUCUAAAUGGCAAAUUGAAAGCAAUGGCCUCUGAACCAUCUACCAUCAGAAAUUACAAAAAGAGAGCUGAUGAACUAGAAGAGAGGAUUGCUAUAAUUGAAAAGGACAAUGAGAAACUCGAACAACAAUUACAGGAACUGAAAUCUAAGAGACAAAAGAGAGAGGAAUUGGAAAGGGAAGUUGCAGAACCUCCUAAGAGAGAACUGAAAAAAGACAGAAGACUUAUACCAGGAUUAUCAUUGGAGGAGGCUACUGAUUUAAAUCUGCUUUAUAAGAAUUUGGAUAUAUUGGAUCGACAGCUGAAGGAUUUAAACAUAAGUUUUAGGACUAGAUAUGUGCCUAAAUCUCAGAAAGUAGACUUUAAAAACAAGCUAGAUACCAAAGUGAAUACCAGAGAUCAAUUGUUACGUCAGGGUCUGAUCUACAGAGCCAAGAGAUACAGACUUAAAAUAGCACUUGAGGCUGCUCAGGCUUACAACCGCUUCAAACCGCCACAUCAAACUGUCGGGGAUGCUGUAACAUUUGCUAUUGCACAGGCUACUGGACUCCAAGUUCAAGAGAAAGAAGCAGGGCAGGAACAGAAUCAGGGGGAGGGAGAGAAAAGAGACGGUUCCCCGAGCGCCACCACUACCACCACAUUCGAAGAUGAUGACCCCAACAAGGAGAAGGAGGCAGAAAUGAUGCUGGAAUACAUCGAGAAGUUCAAUGAACUGUUUGAGGAUGGGAAGUAUGAGGAGGCAGCCAUUCACGCUGCUAACAGUCCGAAAGGAAUCCUCAGGACUUCCGCCACCCUAGCCAAGUUCAGAGAUGUGAAGGUUAGACUGACCCACCGCUCUCCUCUCCUGGCCUUCUGUGAUGCUAUCAUGGCCUCUGUAGCAGCUGUGGGGACCAAGCCAGCAAGUGGACUCUCUACAGAAUGUGUGGAGUGUGCCUUAAAUGAAAACCGACUAGAUCUCUUGUCUCAUUGGAUAUCACAGGAUAGACUGAUGUUGAGUCAUCAGAUUGGAGACUUGAUUAGUAAACACUGUAGCUGUAAGGUACCUUGUAAAUGUGGCUGCCAGGCCCUAGCUCAGAACGUCUACUCCAAACUCCAUCUUCAUCACCAGGCCAUUAUCUGUCUCCUUAAGCAGGGCAGGGUCCAUGCAGGAAUUGAGUAUGCCAAACACAAGUCUCCUUUUACAAAGGAAAUGUAUGUUGAGGUGUUAAGGAUGUGUCCAUCUUUACAACUUAUGCAAGCCCUUGUAGCGGAGGAUGACCAAGGAUCAAGACCUUUACCUAUCGGGGUGGUCAUUUUAACCGUGCUGGAAAAUAAUAGCUUUGAUCUGGUUUUACCAUUUAUUCAAGAAUUACAAAACACAAAUACAGUUGAUGAUCCAAACACCAGUCUGUUUCAUGCAGCAGUACUAGAUGACCUUGAGACCAGUGCAGAUGAGUGGGACAGUUUGGUGAAGAUUUUACAGGACCAGGGUUAUGAAGAAACUGCCACCACCGUUUUGUCCACCAUCACUGUAAUGGCUGCAAUGAAAACUGUUCUGUACAAGAGCCUGGCAGACGACAGACCAGACAGUGCUGCCACCCAGGGCUGAAUGCACAGUGCUGCCAUCUGAUGAUGGAAAAUCCUUCCUUCAUAGCUUCCAGAAAUGGAGGUUUUCUGUGAUAUUAGAAACAUGCACUGAAAAAGUUAACUUAUAUGACUGGGCAGUAAAAUAUUGAGUGUCAGGUGUUUAAAUGACAUAAUUUGAUUAAAGAUACUGUUACACUUUCA